AUGGAAUCAACAUCUGAAGCGGGCGAAUCACCGAGGAAAGAGAGAAAAAGGCACGAAUCAAGUGACUAUGAGAUUUCUGAGAUUUCUCCAGGCGAGGAAAGCUCCGUAGAGGACCACAUCCCCAGCAGCAGUGAGAUGCAAGAAGAGAUCGAGGAGCUGAAUAAUUCGACGAAACCUACGCCGAAAAGCAGAAAACGGGCGGCUCAAAGCGGCCCAGUCGACACUUUCAGCCCAUUUCACUUCAAAAAGGAUAUUACGAGUAGUUUCUUGCCAUACGUGCCGAAAGUUUGGUCAGUGCAAAAUACGUACCGAAUUCCGACAGACGUCAUUUUAAACACUAUUCGGACGGGCGGCACCGAAGGAUUGGGCAGAGCAGAGCUGGGAAAAACGGUCGGUUACGACUCUACGAACAAAUCCGGCGGCCGUCGAGUAUCUGAUUGGAUUGUAAAAUGCACAACGGAGCAUCCUGAUCAUAUUGGACAAUUUCAGAAGAUGAACGGAAAAGUUCGCACUAUUAGAUAUUUCUGGAAACAAAACGAGCAACCGGAGCGUUUUGAGAAGCUUUUCGAAGAAUUUCAGCAAUUAACCGCAUGCCAAUGCCCAUUUAAAAUAGGAGAAGUUAUAAAGUUUCCUGAGAAGAAAUUGAACACUCUACGCGUCAGUGACGUCACUUUGAAGCGAUUCAAUCGAAUUAUUGCAUUGGUUAACCAAUUCAGAGUUAUUGUGACAAUUAGUCGACUUAUAAAAACGAUAUGCGAGCAAGAAAUGGCUGAUGGAUAUAAAUUUCAGAUCGACAAAAAAUCAGUGAUGAAAUGCCUUUUGGCACUCCAAACGAAAGGAUUCGUACGACUUUUUGAUACAACUGUUAGAUCUGAUAAUAUCAAUCAUCAGAUUCAAAUCAUCUGCCACGGAUCGAUUGAUAAUGUGAAAAAUGUUGAAAUUAUCGCUGGAAUCGAAGAAAUGAUUGAUUCAUUUCAUAAAGAAGGACGAGUAUUUCCACACGGACAACACAGAACACUCAAAAAACACAAUCAAAUUGAAGAAAAUCCAAAAGUUGCCGAUGAAUUUAAUGAAAAAUUGGAGAAUGUCGAUGAGGAUUUGACGAGAAAUCGAACAAUUCAUGAUAGAUAUCAAUUUUUCCGACUUCAAACACUUCGAAAUAGUCAUAAAGAGAAUAACUUCCAUGAAACGGACGAAUUCAACGGAGGAAACUCGACUCUUGAUGAUUCUCAAAUUGAGGAUGAAAAAACGAUUAAUUUGGAUGAAGAAGGUGCUGAAAAUGGAGAAGAAGACCCGGAUCAGGCGAUGAUUAACCUUUUUGCGAAAAACCCGACGGUAACUACUCCAGCAUCAAAAUUGAGAUCGAAUCAAUUCUAUUUCGGACGAGAUUCGCUUGGAUAUCAGAAUAAAACCGUCCGCCUCAUGAUUCUCCAUGAAAUGAUCUAUAAUUUUGUACAUGGACAUCCGAUUGACACGUCUCCGACGGCUUUUGAUUUAUUCCCACCAACUCAACCAUAUCGUUCAUGGGAAGUACGUGAUGAUUCAAAUGCAUAUGUAUAUUUAGAAGAAGAAUCUCCAUAUCGUUUUAUGCCACCACAACCACAAUAUGAUGGAGUUGAUCGGGGAUGGUUUAUGACAUUGGAUCUACUUGCCGCGUUGCCGCUAUCGGUUUUUGUGCUCACCAAUUAUGUGCCAAAUACUAUUGAUCGUCCUCUCCUGCUCACAUACCUCAACGACCCGGUAAAACGUCAUUUAUGUAUUGGAUAUCUACCCGAUUCAAUUCGUGAUCCAAUUAUGAAGAAUAAGAAAAUUGUCAAACAACUUCAACAUAGUUUCCUAUGUCUCGCAGGAAUGCGACUGGCUGCUGUUGGACCGAAUCCAUCGGUCAAAAGAUUUCCGGGAGCUACUUCGGAGAUGUAUUAUGUCGCGAGAAGAGUGCACCUAUACGACACGAGUACAAGUGCAAAAGGAUACGCAUGUGUGAAUCCAUCAAUUGAAGAGGGUGAAUAUGUGAAAUAUGAAUAUGAAUUGGCAACACGACAUGAUAUUAUUAUGUAUUGGCAUCAUUUGAGAGCUAUUGUCCAAUCUACACCACUUACAUAUCGUAUCGAUGAUAUUGGUGAUCGAAAGUUUACCCAGAGACAUCGACAAUAUACUAUUGGAGUUUUUGAUCGGAAACUCGUCGAAGUCGACUACAUUACCGGAAUCGAAGAGCUCUACCCGAAAGUUGCGGCGGACGGAGUCGCCGGAUUCGAUGCUGGGCUCUUUGUGCAUUUGAAACGUCAUUGGGACCUAAUUACAGUACCACAUGGAACAGUUUCAUGGUUUAUACAGAGAUUCAGGAAAUGUUCGACCGAUUGCAAGCGAAUUGUUGAGCAAAGAGUAAAAUCUGUGCACAAAGACUGGAACAACUUCUCGCGGCUCUCGCUCGCCGACUCUGAUAUUGUUAGAACCUCAUCAAAUCCGCUCAAAGUCGAAUAUCCGCCGAUCAAGAAGUUUGGCGGCACCAAUGCGCCGAAAUCCAAUCGAAAUACGCAAAAGACUGCUCGUCAAAUCCCAAAAAAGCGAAAAUUGGAUAGUGUGGAUAUUGUCAGCUCGUCGGCCCGUGUCAGUGUCCGCUGCCGUUUUACACCCAAGGAACGCGACCAACUAAUCAUGAUUCGGGCCGUCGGCUUCUUCUUGAAUCCGGUCUAUCGUUUCUGGUUGGAUCCAACAGUUCUUCGUGAUUUGAUGCAUGAAUUCGUACCGGAAAGCCGAAAUAAGACGGUCCAAAGCCUGAUGGCUUGUGGAGUUCGUGAGCUUGUUCGGGCCAAUCGUCUGGCCUAUUUGCAGCGGGUUGUCCGGAAUUUGUCCACUUUUCCGAGUGUCUUGGUCCAUCAAAUGAAUGCUGGACAACCCGAGAAGAUUUUGGAUCAAAUUCCGCCUGCCGUGCUCCAAUCUGUGCUCCAAAGCCUUCGAACUGACGGACUUGUGUCCCGAAGUCGAACUCUUGAAGUUGUCACCGAGUUGGCUAAUAAGAAAGACGCUACGUUGUCUUUUUAUUUCCGUCACUUCUUCUACCACCGUUUCCACAGUAAUCUCAUCGAAGGCGUAGGUCGCCUACUCGACAAAAUUAAUGAUACUGCUACAGCCCAACAACAACUACAAACUACAACAAACGAACUCGACGGCGAUGGCCCAGAAAUUGUAAUCGCCGCGGCAAAAGCGUUCCAUCCGACUGAAAAAUUCGAUUUGGAAAUGAGUGUGGACGAUGAUGAAAUUCUGAAAGUAUUUGAUAUACAAGAACAAGAGCAAAUUGUGAUGAAAAAAAUCCGACAUUUGGAGAAUUCUGACUUACAUUUCGAGCGAAUUCAUGUGAAUUUGGCGAAAAAAGAGCGAUUUUUUGACGACGUUCAGAGCGACGAAAAACUCGCCGAAAUUUGCGAUUUUUUGAGCCAAAAUUGCCGGGAAAUCUCGAAUUCUCCUCGAGCAACACUUGACGAAUGGAUUCAGACUGGUGGAAAAUUCGAAAUACAACGUCGCCGAGAGAUUCGGGCGGUUUGCCACGUCAUCAAGGCCACCCGUCAGGUGGGAAUUACACUUGGCGAGCUGUGUGGAAAAGUGAAAAUUGCCAAAGAGCAAAUUGCCGAAAUUUUGGCCGAUUUGAGCGGAGCGGCUCAGAUUUUGGCGGCCGGAGUUGACGAGAAGCGAUGGGUUAUGCCGGAGUACGAGGCUUGUUGGAUGGUCCGAAUUGGAGACAAGAAAUGGUGUCCGAGACCUUGGAUUGCGCCGGAAGGUUGCAUCUCCCUGCCGGUAGUUCGUUGGAUGGCUGAAAGUGCUCUGGUUUUAAUUGUUUCAAAGCUUGGAAUUCAACUGAAAGACGUCAUCACAACAUACGAAUUCGCUGUUCAACCGAUUGCUAUUCGAGAAAUUAUUUCCCUGCUGGAAAUGCUCGAUUGCAUUGAAAUUAUCACUGAAGAAUUCAAAUCUCCAAAAAUGACGUCUCCGUUCUCAUCGCCAUCUACCCGACAAUCAAUCACUUAUAUUCAAGCGAAAAUCGACGGAAUUGACAAAUUUUCGCGAAUUUUCCAUUCGAUUCCACUUUUGAGCACAAUGUCAUCGAAACCACUCUCUUAAAACUGCAAAUUUCUCGAAAUUUUCGACAUUAAAAAUUUUUUAAAUUCCCAAAAAAUCACAAAUUUCUGUCAAAUUUUCAAGAUUUUCCACCCACCAAAAAAAGCUCUGAAAAUGCAAUUUUUUCAGUCAAAAGUUGCCGAAAAAACCAGAUUUACUCCUAAAAGGACACAAAAUUUUGCUCUGUUUUCCUCAAAAAUGCACAAAAAUUACAUAUUUUUGAGCUUUUUUAAAGGUAUUAUCAAGCAAAAAAAAUGAAUUUUUUGUAAAAUUGAGUAUUUUUCAGCUUUUCUGGCCUAAAUUGGCAAUUUUUAGCCUAAAAAUGGCCUAAAAUUUCAAUUUCAAUUUUUAAAUGAAAUUUUACUUUAAAAAGCCCAUUUUUCUCAUUUUUCAGUCAAAACUGGCCAGAAAAUCAAAUUUUUGAGAUUUAAAUGGGAAAAUAUUGAUUUUUAAAAAAAAUUUUUUUUCACCUAAAACUGCCCAAUUUACCCCCCAGAAAAUCUUAUUUUAGCACAUUAAAAAACCCAUAAGUCACGAAAAUUCCAUUUUUCCGUCCGAAAAUGCUCAAAUUCAACUUUUUGAGGUAAUUUUGAAGAUUUUUAUAUGUGGAAAACUGGCAAAAAAAAUUUUUUGGCAAUUUUUCGCCUAAAAAUGGCCUAAAAUUUCAAUUUUUCAAUGAAAUUUUCGCGAAUAAUGCUCUAAUUUUAAGCCAAAUCCGCAAAAAUCGUGGUUUUUCCAUACUUUUUCGCUCAAAAAAGCGAAAUUCUUUGGAAAAUUGUGGGUUUUUAAAAUCAAUUUUCCCCAAGAAAUAAGCUGAAAGUAUGGGAAAUAUCCGAUAUUUUCCAUAUUUUUGCAUAAAAAUGCUGAAAAGCCUUAAAAAAUCUCACUUUUUUCCGCCUAAAAAGCCCCCAAAAAUCUUUUUUUUUUCACUUUUUUUUCUAAUUUUUCCAAUUUCCGUCCCCAAAAUCCUCCACUUUUUAUUGUUCAUUUUUGUUGAAUUUUCACUUUAUUUUUCCGCUUUUUCUCUGUUUUUCCCCUCAUAAUUUAUCCUUUUUUACAUGCAAAUCCCAUUUUUUUGUUGAUAAAUUCAAUUUUUUUGAAA